AUGAAAUGGUAUUACAAGGGUUGGUGUUUGAUACCUCAGUGCCCCCCAAAGAACUGGGAGGCAAGGUCGUGGUCUGGAGAGGGCAGACGGCCAUCAGGGACGCUCCACUCGACUGGGUUCGCUCUCGAUCGAGCUUGCGGCUCCUCUUCUUCCUCUUCUUCAUCGAAGUGUGUGUGGCUCCCUUGGCCUUGGUGGAGCUGGCUUGCUCGAACGGUUGUAAGGGAGUCCAGUGGCUCUGAGAGAAGUCUUGGUAGGGCGUUGGAUCGUACUCGAAUCCAGGGUUCUCAAACAGGGGCUCCUCCAGGUCAACUCGACCCUCAGCUCGAUCGAGUUGAGUUUCCUCUGUUUGGACUCGAUCAGUCCGGUGGUCGAGUUGGAGCGUCUGGCCUUAGAGCUCUUCCUCCUUCUCUGUGA